AGCGUAACACCACCACCAAGCAGGCAAUGGUUGACGGCAGCAUUCCUUGGAACGAGACCGUCACCAUCCAUGGACGCCCUCCAACAUUUUCCAAGUGGCUCGUGUCCAUUUUUUCCCGCAACUCCAAAGCAGUCCGCCUCGAAAUUCGCGCCUCAUAUGGGUCUGGACGUCAAGAUGAGGUUGUGGGCAAGUUGGAGACGACUGUCGAACAAUUGCUCGCAAAAGGGGAACAGUCUAGUGAGUCUCACCUUCAGCGAUGUCAUCAUAUUCUGAUACCUAUUCCAAAGUGCCACUUUCAACUGUCGAUAACCAGUGCAUAUACCUCAAGUUGAAAGCGCAGCUUGUCGAUCACGCUGCGGGCGGUACUCUCACCGAGGUACAAAAUCGACCGCGCGCCCCGGCGGUGGUUCAAUCGACUUCACGAGCGUCAUCGAGUACUGACGUACAAACGCCACCGCGGGCAAGAAAUAUUGUCAUAUUCGGCGAAACCGGCAUAGGGAAAAGCUCGGUCAUCAAUGCAAUUGCGCAACAAGAGCUCGCGAAGGCAUCGAAUGAUGGACCGGGAUGUACCCUUGAUUCUCAACGCUACCCAGUGGAUAUUAACGGCCAGAGCUUCGUCCUGAUUGAUACCGCGGGUCUCGACGAGGGACCUAAAGGCAUUGCCCGGGUGCCGACGGCGACAGCCAAAAAACAGUUGAAGAGCUUGUUGCGUGAGCUCAUGAAGCCUGGCUCAUCGUCGGGCGGUAUCGACCUUUUGGUGUACUGCGUGCGCAAUACAGCUACCAGUAAGGCCAUGAUAGGUAACUACAACACUUUUUACUCUGGGGCCUGCCAGAAGAUCCCAAUCGUCGUCGUCGUCACAAGGUUGGAGAGAGACAUGGAAAGCUGGUGGGAUCUCAACAAGGGAAAAUUCAAUGGCAUGCAAUUUAGAGAUUAUGCAUGCGUCACGACGCUUCAGGGAUCCCCAGACAACUCGGACAGCAUCAACCGUCGCAUUACGGAGUCGAGCGACAUUCUGCGCAACCUUGUUGUGAACAAUUGCCUGGAUCCAGCGGUCGAUGGCAGCUGGUCCACGGGACCGUGGUGCCGGUCACCGUCAUGGUCAGAAGACUAAAUGGUUGCAAAAAGAUCUGCCCAUAAGUGGGUCGAGCGAUAUAUCAUGCACGAUGGCGCGGGACGUCUUUGGAGACUUCGGAAAGACAGGCGGAGCAGGCCUUACAGAAUCUUAUCACACUCCUUUUACAUUCGAAAUGAGGGAGACCAUUAGAGCUUUCAGGUGGAUAUCAUAUUGGCUAUGAGUGGACGGUUUAUGAUCUUAUCACGACGUCUUCCCCUAACAUAUUGCUUUAUUUUUCGUUCACGGUUUUUCCUCCACGUUUUAUU